CGCAAGGACGUACGUACCGGGUUCUUGUUCUGUUUAAGUUUUGAAUGUUUUAACAGUGUUGAAAAACGGUUUCCUAGCAUAUAAGCAAAUAUGCGUCAGCUAAUUUUGCUGUUGAGCUGCUUUUUUGCGGCAGCUCUCGCUACCAAUCCUCCCAAAUGGCCCAAAACGUACGCGGUCAGCGGUAUCCUGAACAUCCCCUAUGCCGAAAUUACGGAACCAUUCUAUGCCUGGUACGAUGAAACUAACGGUCGUUCCCGUAUAGAUUACUACGGUGACAUGGUUCAGACAUACCAGCUAACAAAGGAAGGCGAUUAUGGUACUAGUCUAAAGGUUGCUCCCGUCACCACUCAGCAAGCGAUGAACAAACAAACAUGCCUUCAGGUCAACGGCUCCUCCGAUAACCCUAUCUCGGUUCAGAGCAUUCUGCCAGACGCGAAGAACUUUAAACUUGCCGGUACUGAGCAACGAGAUGGCUACAGUUGUGAUAAAUUCGUGCUAGUUGAAGAUGUCGGCCAAAAGCGCAACUCGUACAGUCUAUGGGUACGAUACGUCAAAUCACCCAAAUACCCAGCUUCUCGUAUGCCCAUCCCAGUUCGUUAUGAGAUGAAGGGAUACAAUACUCUGCUUGGCUCACAUUAUGAUCACUACUAUCUGGAUUACGAUUCAUACGAACAUCAGGAUAUCCCAGCCGAAGUAUUCCAAGUCAAGACUACUGACCCAUGCAUUGGUUUCCCCGGACCAGGAAAUGGCCAUUAUGCUACGUUCAAUCCCAUGCAGGAAUUCAUCCACCCCCGUUCGGAAGAGCAUCUCGAUAACGAGUUUUUCCGUUUCAAGAACAAACACGGCAAAAACUACUACAAUGAUAAAGAACAUGAUCGUCGACGAGACAUCUUCCGUCAAAAUCUUCGAUUCAUCCACUCACACAACCGUGCUGGAAAGGGAUUUACCGUCGCCGUUAACCAUUUAGCCGAUCGUACUGAUGAAGAGCUGGCGGCUCUUCGAGGAUUCAAGUCAUCCAAUGUCUACAACGGAGGCCUACCGUUCCCCUACAAUCCGGAAGACUUCAAGGAUGAUCUACCAGAGAGUCUUGAUUGGCGCAUAGCUGGUGCCGUGACUCCAGUUAAGGAUCAGUCUGUUUGUGGAUCUUGUUGGUCGUUUGGAACAGCAGGACAUAUCGAGUCUGCCUACUACCUGAAAUACAACAAAUUGAUGCGCUUCUCACAACAAGCCUUAAUCGAUUGCUCUUGGGGCUAUGGCAAUAACGGAUGUGAUGGUGGAGAAGAUUUCCGUGCGUAUCAAUGGAUGAUGGAGGUCGGCGGUAUUCCAUCGGAGGAGGAAUACGGUGGAUACUUGGGACAGGAUGGCUACUGUCGCUUGGAGAAUAAAACGUUGUACGCUGCUAUCGACGGUUGGGUCAAUGUUACUUCUGGAGAUGCUGACGCCAUGAAAGUUGCUCUGUUCAAGCAUGGACCACUGUCGAUUGCUAUCGAUGCCGGUCAUAAGUCCUUCAGCUACUACGCAAAUGGUGUAUACUACGAACCGGAAUGCAAGAACAAUUUGGAUGGAUUGGAUCAUGCAGUGGUGGCAGUUGGAUACGGAAAACUGAAAGGAGAAGAUUACUGGCUAAUCAAGAAUUCCUGGUCCAACUACUGGGGCAACGAUGGAUAUGCUUUGAUGGCGGUGAAGGGUAACAACUGCGGCAUUACCACCGAUGCGACGUAUGUAAAUUUGAAGUGAGAUUUCUGUUUAAAUUAGAAUUAAGUAAAAGUGUACUUUUAUUUUCGGAUGAGAUGGAAUAAAUGAUUUUCAAUUUUUGUAACAUAAUUUCCGGACUAGAGAUUUAUUGCAUCUAUGUCUAGGGAUUUAUCCUUA